AUGGCGAUUUUACCAGAAAAUUCUUCAAACUUGGAUCUUACUAUCUCCGUUCCAGGCUUCUCUUCCUCUCCUCACUCGGUUUCAGAUGAAGGAAGUGGCGGCGGAGGAAGAGAACAGCUAAAGCUAGACAUGAAUCGAUUGCCAUCGUCGUCUGAAGACGAUGAAGAACUCAGCCACGGUGGCUCUGCUCCACCCCGUAAGAAACUCCGUCUAACCAGAGAACAGUCUCGUCUUCUUGAAGAUAGUUUCAGACAGAAUCAUACUCUUAAUCCCAAACAAAAGGAAGCACUUGCAAAGCAUUUGAUGCUACGGCCAAGACAAAUUGAAGUUUGGUUCCAAAACCGUAGAGCAAGGAGCAAAUUGAAGCAGACUGAGAUGGAAUGCGAGUAUCUUAAAAGGUGGUUUGGUUCAUUAACUGAGCAAAACCACAGGCUCCAUAGAGAAGUAGAAGAGCUUAGAGCCAUGAAGGUAGGUCCACCCACGGUGGCCUCCGCCUCGAGCCUCACCAUGUGUCCUCGCUGCGAGCGAGUCACCACUGGAGCCAGCCCCUCACUGGCGGUCUCGUCCCAGAAAACGCUUCCGCCGGAAGAGCGUGAGCAUUGAUUUAUGUAUUUUAAUUCUUUUUGGAUAUGGUUACAAAAUGCAACCCAUGCAUGAGCCAAUAAAAAAACUGAUGAUAACAUGAUUUCGUGCAAGUAUAGUACUUAGGGAUUCUAUGCGCGCACAACGAAUCUUUGUAAAUAUUAUUACUUCAUUUAGAAAUCCAAUCC